ACCAACUCCCUCCAGAGAUCAGGAACCAUGGCUCGCUUCAUUCUUCUGUGCAUCGCUCUCACGUUUGCUGGCGCCUCCGCGGCAAGCCACUACAAUGAGCUGUACAACUGGUUCGGAGAAAGAGCCUCCCCAGCCUUCCCCCAACCCGACGACUCCGGACCCCUGGACGUGGACAUGCGUCUGACCAAACUGGACGUGGUCGGAGUGGACAGUGCCAACAACAUCGUGAGUGUGAUCGUGAGGAGAAGGGUGCUGUGGGCUGACCGUAAUCUGGCUUAUGACGAGGCCAAGUUCAACGUGUCCUGUGUGUAUCUGGCGGCCACCAACAUCUGGACUGUUGACAGCAGUUUCUACAACUCGAUAAGUGAGGAGCAGGUUUUGAACCGUGAGGUCAUCGGCUUCGCCGGAGGUGAGUUGCUGGAAAUUGAAAGAGUCAAGGUCAGCGUCAACUGUGACCUGAGUGGUGUGAACACCUACACUGGCGCCACCUGCCACCUCCAACUUGGCUCCUACGGUUUGGGAAAUGAGCUGGUCCGUCUGAGGGAGCCCAAGGACAACUGGACCUUCCAUCUGGAGUCGGCUUUCAACGGAGCCUCCCCCUACGAGCUUCUGUCUGGUGACGUCAGCAGAUCUGUGUUGCCCUAUGCUUCCGGUGACCCCGAGCAGCACUACUACGAUGCCCUGACCUUCACCUUCAGCUUCAGAAGGAAGUGGGGUGGUCAGUAAAUCUGGGGUGGGUUGAUCAACUCCUGUUUGCUCCAUUAUUGACUCUCAGCGACUGUUUGUUUGGAUGGUAAAAUGUGUUGCAAUUGUCUCCCCUGUUGCAGAAAGUACGUUCCGAAUUAGGGACAGAACAUGCAAUUGUUGGUCUCUGCAUUGUUCAGAAUAUUAUUUCAGAGUCUGCUAAAAUUUACCAAAAGUCAAAUCUCAUGUUUUAUGUUUACACGUUUCCAUUUGGAUUCCCUGAAAUAAACCAAACUUGUUCUUAUUUA